AUGGCUCGCGAUGGUUCAAGAUCUGUGCUCGACGAGCAGUCGACUCUACUUCCUAAAAAGGGGCCGGCGGUCACACCUCUGCCUCGCAUGCAGAUCAUUAUUUUGCUGGUAAUGAGAGUCACUGAACCGGUCUCAUAUACCCUCAUAUUCCCGUUCGUCAAUAAAAUGAUGGAGGAGAUUGCAGGGAUCCCACCCAGUCAAGUGGGAUACUAUGCCGGAGUUGUGGAAGGCUGUUUCGCCUUUGUCCAAUUCUGCACGGUUUACUUCUGGGGCAUGGUUAGCGAUCGGAUCGGACGGAAGACUGUUGUUCUUACUGGACUCACGGGGGUAAUGAUAUCAGUCACAUCGUUCGGUCUUGCACGUAGUUUUACUUCUAUGGUGCUGGCACGGUGCAUAGCAGGGGCGAUGAACGGAAAUGUCGCUGUAAUCAAAAGUAUGCUGGCAGAAAUCACCGACGACACUAAUCAGGCACGAGCCUUCGCAUUUCUGCCCGCCACCUGGGCCAUCGGUGCUACAGUUGGCCCUCUCAUUGGCGGAUACUUCUCACAUCCCGCUGAACGUUUCCCGGCCAUAUUUGGAUUUGAGUUCCUGAAAAACUACCCUUACUUCUUACCUUGUAUUGUGGGCUCAACCUUUAACCUGCUGGCUAUUGUCAUCGGUUUUUUGUAUCUUCCUGAAACUUUACCCACUCACUCUCACAAGACCGCCACGACAGAAGAAGCCGAUUCUAUCGCCUCCAAUGCGGAUACGAUGGUUGGGCAACUUGCUGACGUCAAUGACGAUAGUGAAGCACAACCAGUCAAGCCGAAGAGACCUAGUUUUUUAAGCUUGAUUCGCAACCCACAAAUCGCUCAGGUUCUCCUGUCAUGGUUCUUCCUAGGCCUUCUUAACUCGUGUUACCAGGCGAUUAUACCGCUCUUUUGCUAUUCGACGUACGAGCAUGGUGGAAUAGGCUUUUCUCCAAGACAGAUUGGUCUACUGCUCUCUAUCAACGGCAUGGCUGCCCUCUUCUCACAGACGAUAGUGUUCCCGCCGGUCGAAAGACAUCUCGGCCCCGUCAAGACCUACCGCAUGGCCAUGCUCUUCCUUCCCCUCUCAUUCAUGUUGCUCCCCAUGGCUCACGUCGUCUAUCCUUUCGGAACCGCUGUUAUAUGGGCUGCAAUCGGAGGAAUGAUCAUCUCAAAGACGAUCAGUAAUAUGGGUCUCGUGUGUAACAAUGUCUUGAUCACUAACAGCGCUCCAAGUAGAGAUUCACUUGGCGCCAUGAAUGGCAUGGCUACCGCAUGCGGCUCUCUCGCACGGGCCUUCGGUCCUGUAGGUUCCACCACACUCUUUGCAUUAUCUGUAGACAAGAACCUUCUCAGCGGUCAACUGGUCCAUGUCGUUCUCGUCGCCACCGCGUCCGUGGCGUUUGCCUUGACGAUGUGGUUGAAGAACGUGAAGCCUGCGUGGAGACAGAAGGUUUAA